CCAGGCCCUCCUCACCAUCCGAUUUUCGGACACUUGAAAGCCAUGGCCGAAGCCUCACGAGCUUCUCCUCGAGGCUGCGCAGGCCAAAGUCUACCCAUGAUGGUUAAAAAUAGAUACAACUUGCCAGAUUUGUUCUAUCUCGAUAUAUGGCCAUUGUCGGUCCCGCUAUGCGUCGCAACUCAUACAUCAUACAGUAGCCAAUUUCUUACCCAGAGAUCCAUGCCCAAACAUCCAACCCUUUCGGUCAUAACCGGAGGUGGUGACAUGCUGACGAGUGACGGUCCUCAAUGGAAGACGUGGAGAUCUGCUUUCAACCCUGGUUUUUCUGUCGCCCAUCUCAUGACGAUGAUGCCUACAAUCGUCGACGAUGUGGCUACAUUCACUCAGAUCCUCCAUAAACAUGCAGUCAAUAAAGAGCUCUUUCGUAUGGAACAUCAUGCAACUCGUUUGACAAUAGAUAUCAUCGGUAGAGUAGUCCUCGAUGACCACUUCAACUCCCAGGUGGAGGAACACCCGCUUGUCACAGCCUUUGAAAGUCAAGUACGAUGGAUGAAGAUCNCUUGGACACAAAGACCUCUACAAAUAUUCAACAUAUUCCGUCCGUUCGUACAAUGGUGGAACCUACGUCAGAUGGACACAUACGUUGGCAACAUCCUCGAAGAAAGAUUCGCGUCGCGCAACUCCAGAGGCAAGAAGAAACAUGUCAUCGACCUGGCGCUCGAGACUUACCUCAAGGAGAACAAUGUAAACGACACUUCGAAGCUCGAUCCAAAGUUCAAGGAUGCUGCGUUGCGAAACAUCAAGAUUUUCAUCUUUGCCGGCCACGAUACGAGUAGUUCAUCUAUAUGUUAUUGCCACUACCAACUUAGUCAACAUCCAGCGGCACUUGCUCGACUACGAAGAGAAUGUGAGGAUAUCUUUGGUACGGAUGUGAGCAAGACUGGCGACAUGAUCAAAGCCGACCCGUACCUGCUCAACAAGAUGAAAUACGGGGACGCAGUUAUACGGGAGACACUAAGAAUAUUCCCGCCUGCAAACACUGUCCGCGCUGGCGCCGAAGAGUAA